AGUGAUGAGACGGAAUGUUUCGGUAUAUUUCUGAGAGUCGUAUAUUUUAUCUUGCUCAGAUUUUUUGCUUGGCUGUAUCGUUGUUUCAGUGGAAAUAAUACAUAAUAAUUGAAUUAAAUAUCAUUAAAAAAGCUACAAGCUGUGAUAGCAACAAGUAUCUUGAGCAAGCAUAAUUUCGAAAAGCAAAGCACCAGGCUGCCCCACUAUUACGCCCGCAGACAGUCCCCCACACACAUAGAAAGGCGAAAGGGGCGACAACAAUAAAAGAAAAGUGGCAAAAAGCCCCUAAACCUAAAAGUUAAAACAUAAUUGGGUGUAUUUAACACGCCUAAGAUGCCACCAAAAGAACGCAAUAUAGCCAUAAUGGGCUACCGUUCUGUGGGCAAAUCAUCGCUCAGCAUACAGUUUGUUGAAGGCCAAUUUGUGGACUCGUAUGACCCAACGAUUGAGAAUACAUUCACCAAGGAGACCAAGGUCAACUCGCAGGAGUAUGACAUGAAGCUGAUCGAUACUGCUGGCCAGGACGAAUACAGCAUAUUCCCGGUACAAUACAGCAUGGAUUUCCACGGCUAUGUCCUGGUCUAUUCAAUAACGAGCCAAAAGUCCUUUGAAGUUAUCAAAAUUAUAUACGAAAAACUUUUAGAUGUGAUGGGCAAAAAAUAUGUACCUGUAGUGUUAGUAGGCAAUAAAACCGAUUUGCAUCAAGAGCGAACUGUAACCACAGAAGAGGGCAAGAAACUGGCAGAAUCCUGGCGAGCUGCAUUUCUCGAAACAUCCGCCAAACAAAAUGAGUCUGUUGGAGACAUAUUUCAUCAGCUACUAAUACUGAUUGAGAAUGAGAAUGGUAAUCCCCAGGAGAAGAGUAGCUGCAUUAUUUCAUAAGGGAGAGCCUGGUAGGCGGAUAUCCAUGGCCAAACUGUUAAAACCUAGAUGGCAAUACGAAAAUCGAUUAUAUCUUAUCUAAACAGUUCGGCCAGCAAGCAUGGGCUGGGGCUGGGGCGUGGGCUGGUGGCCGUGUCCCAGGUGCGCAGGAAGAAAAAUCUACAAAAAC